AUGACUCAAGGGAACCAGAACGCUUUUUCGAACGAUGGCCAAAGCCCAAAACCACACUUCCAUGACAAAAAUAACGAUGAGUUCGUUGCUAACGAGCGCUGGUACUACCCGGAUGACAUUGCGAAUGACUUGAAGGAUGUCGACCUUCCGUCCAGGACCAAAGAGGAGGUUUUCGCAACGGCUUGGGAAUACGCUCGCUGUGUGAUCCCUGAACAUACCAACUGGUCGCGGUAUGUUGCCUUCAUGCGCACUAUUGUCAUAGGCAUCGUUGCAGAAUUUCGCGGUGGCCUUACGGAUGUGGUCAAAAACGACGAUAGGAUUUUGGGUUAUAGCCUCACUGAAGUGCUUAACACAUUAUGUGGCGGAGCAGUAGGCUAUGCCGAGAUGUGCCGCGAAUACCGCUGUUUCAUAUUGAUGUCUUCGCAAAAGUCAAGCCAACAGACGAACACCACGCUGUUUCGCCGUUACAGUAAAGCUCUGUCUAAGAGUCCUUGGCAAUUCUUCCGCAUGCGGGAUACUGAUGCACUCGCCCGCUUCACCAUUGGUGCUGCUCUAGUUUGCAACGACAUUGAUGACAUCUGGUUUACAGAAUGCCAAUUUGACAUCAUGGCCGAAAUGGGUAACACGAUGUACGACGGGGUAGCUUAUCCUAAGCACCGCUCCGAGGGAGAGGUCAACAGUACAUUUGCAUACGUCCCUGAAAACAGGCGCGUGCUAGCCUUUCACAGAUGCCGCGAAGCACUCUGGGCUUUGGACGUAGCGUGGGCGAGAAGGCCCGAGAUGAGGUGCGUAAUCAACUUCAUCCGCUUCUUUGGUGGCCCAAUUCAUGUGAUGAUGCGACGAUACCGCUUCGUGGAGGAAGGCCUUACCCUAGGCAAACCCGACACAAAGAACGUUAUUGCGCAGACACGGAGGAACAUCAAGCUAUGGAACAGGCUUGAUGAACAAGAAGGCAUGAAGGAGCAGAGACCUGAGCACUAUCGCCUCGUGCUUGAGCGAGAAGAGUCACUGUUAUUCAGUGGCCUAAAGGCAAUGCUGGAAAACGCUGACCAGACCUUGUGUUCUGAAUGUGAAUAUCCUGAAAGAUAUGGUGCACCAAAAGAUCAUACCUUUGGCGGGGUUUCUCUUUGUGCUAGGUGUCAGCAGGAAUGGGUGGAGUAUACAGAAAGUGUGCUCAAGCGCAUGGCCGAAGCUUUUCCAGAGACUGCCGAGAUCAUCUGCGGAAACGAGAUGCGAGCGACAUCUUUAGUCGCACCGUGA